AUGGCUCGGCCUUUCUCCGUGGUCUGUGUCUGUUUAUGUUUGUUCCUCGUCUACGCGCGCCCGCCAGAAGCGAAAGGAGAAAAGAAAAGUCGCGUCUACGACAAAGAACUCUCGGAGGAAGAACAUUUCAAAGCUGAAGGUGAGGACGAGGAACAUAACAUCGAAUACGAUCACGAAGCUUUCCUUGGAAAGGACAAGAGAAAAUUUGACGAGCUCUCUCCUGAAGAAUCAAAAGAACGACUAGGGUGAGUGGAACGUUAAAAUGCUGCUCGCUGCUAAAUAUAAAUAUUGAGCUCUAAAUGCAAUCUUCUGCAUAGCUGCCAAAAUGGCAAACUUAUCAACCUUCCAUUGACAGCGUCGAAAUGCUUUUUACACAAGAACCUUUAAAUUAGUCUGCAUUCAUCGAUAUGCUUGGCUUGUGUUAUUAUUUAAAAUGAGGUAUAUUUAUACAAGACGUAUCAACCUUUUCGUGAAAGGGUAAUGUCUUAGCUUACCAUUUUUCGAAUUUUAAAAGACUGACAACAGUCCACAGUCAACUGACUUGGAAGAUGCCGAUGCCACGUUGACAAUUGACUCAGUGUGUGCAGUAAAUAAAAGAAAUUAAGUUAAACACUAUCGUUUUCUUUGUGUAUGUGUAAUUGCAAAGCGUGCUAAAUGAUGUUAAUUUCUUUGUUCUCAUUAAAAUAAUAUUCUUAAGUUAAAUUUAUUCUUUAUGUCGGUUUCCCUGGCAAGAAUAUAAUUGGCGUCUCAAUGUUUGGAAUUUUGGCACUGCAGUUUGUUUUCAUGCUGCUAGUUAUACGCGUUGAAUCGAUAUUCACCCAUUCGUCUACCCUGAUUAGUGUAUGGGAAGAUUCACUUCAUUUGAUACAUGGAAAAGUUUAAUUUCUCGCGUAAAAAUAUAUGAAGUUGUUGAUUUCAUGCUUGUUGUCAGUUUCUGAGGAAGAAAGUGCCACGUGUCAUAUGCGUCCUCGCAGGGGAGGACAGGGGUUAGAAUUUUCGUUAUUUUGGCUAUUCGUUUUGGAUUUACGAUGCUAUAACCCCCCCUGGACUACCCUCAUAAAGGGAAUUUGAAUAUAUAUAUAUAUAUAUAUAUAUAUAUUUAAUGCCUGUACUUGCUACAUAUUUUUAUGACUAAUUAUUUGUUUAGUUAAAUCAUGUAGCAGAUAUUUUGCAACAACGUUUUGUUUUGUUCAUUACUUGACAUAGCUUGACCUUGUUGUCAAAAAUAAUCUGUUACAAUGUGCUAAUGUUGACAUACAUGUUCAAAAGAAUUAUCAUUUUUACAUUACAUUUUCAUAAAAAGUUAGACACUCACCCCACACUGUUUACAAAAAAAAAGUGUUUAAAUCUUUAUCCAGUAUUUAUUCCGUAAAAUUCUGAAAAUAAGCCCCAGGGCUUAUAUUUUUCAAAGACCCUUUUUGAGGGGCUUAUUUUUGGAGGGGCUUAUCUAUGGAGGGAAAUUUGCAUUUUAAAAUCGAUUGUGCUGGCUUGUAGUGGGAAGGAUAUUUACCAUUUUUGCUUUGUUUUACUUUGUAUUCGAGGGCAAAUUCCGAGUACAAGCCCCCAGGGGGGCUCAUAUUUGGAGGGGCGAUUUAUCUGAGGUUUUUUUUGCGUUACGAUUUUGGGGGGCUUAUAUUAAUUUUGUAGGGGCUUAUACAUGGAGGGGCUUAUUUUCAGAAUUUUACGGUAUGUUAUUAAAUUAUGCUUUUUUAUACUUUGUGUGGAGUGCCUUAAUGCCCCAAAUUUUUUAUUAGUAUCUAUAUGUGUUUGUAUGUUUCCUUUUUUAACUGAGUGGAGUUUUUCACCCCAAAUUUUUUAUACAGUGCUGUCUGACUUUUGUGCAAAUCUCGCCAAAGCGCAUAUACCGCAUGUGCAAUGGAUAUAAUAAUUGUAUGAAUAUUAUGAAACCUUUGAGAAGUAGGGGAUUGUUUUUAACUGUUUGGUGUAUUUUAAUACAAUAGUCCUUAUAUCAUGAUCUCAUUGUACUGUAGCUGUAAUCAAACAGAAGAAUGAAGCUUAUAACUACUAUUAAGAAUUUGAAUGUGUAGGUAUUAGUUUAACUUUUAAGAUGCAUGAUCACACCAGCUCACUGAUUAAUUUGAUCAUGCUAAAAUAGAGUUACUCAGUUGAGGUGGAUUGUUGUCUUUAAGUAAGGGCUACAAGAUAAAAAUCAGCAAGGAACUACAAGUUUCUGUGAACAGGAGUGAGUGUACUGAUUUUUACAGUCUCAAGUUGUUUGUCGUCUUUCUUGCAGAAAAAUUGUUGACAGGAUUGACAAGGACCACGAUGGCAAAGUAACACAGAAAGAGCUAGAAGACUGGAUUAGAUUCACAUCUAAACGGUAUAUUUAUGAAGACGUGGAUCGGCAGUGGGAUCAGCUGAAAAAGCUUGAACAAUCACAUCUGUCGCUUGAGGAGGUAUAUGUGGAAAAAAAGAAAGCUGAUCCAAAUGAGGCAAUCAGUUGGGAGCUGUACAAAAAUUUGACUUACGGCUACAUAACAGGUGAGUUAAAAAGCACCCUCCAUCAAGAGAAUUUACUGAUGACUUGUAAAAUUAUGACUUCUGUUCUGUUUGGACUCUAAAGCAACUCCUCUUCUUGAUGGCAGUAACAACUUAAAUGAUCCAUCAUCAACAAAUCUUACAGAUUUCUGACUACAAUUUUCUUCAAGAGCAAAAAGCACAUUAUGACACCCCAUAAUAGUAAUGCAACUGGGUAGGGUUGUUACGUUAUAAGUCUACUAUCAUGGGGAAUCCAGACAAUCCACCUCAUUGGGUUCAGGCUCAAACAACCUCUUUUUAGCUCAGUAAAUAGCACUGCGCACAGAUUCUGAAAAUACACUACAUCUGAUAAGACCCCCCGCAUGACUCGACAAACUUUGCUUCUCACUCAAAGGCUUUGUAUGCGCGUUUACCGAGUGUUGAGUCAAAACAUUGCUUUUUUUUGGGUAUUUUUAUUGGGAUAUGGUAAACAACAAGCGUUGCAGCUGGGAAGAAUGUGAGAGGGAGACGAGGAUCCGUGAAAAAGUGGUCUGAGUCACUAAAUAAAUGCGAGAAAUCUGCAAAGAAAGCGAAGUACGCUGUGUUUUGUGGCAGUGAUCAGGCAGCCGGGAAAUGUUUUGAAAGAGGUAGAUACGUGACAGUAAAUUCACGUUCCAGCCACUUAAGUGCAGCCAUUCUGAUACAUGUUUGCUGUCAUGACAGUAAUUAAAACAUAUUUAAUCUACCCAGUAAAUAAAAGUAAAGAUGCAUAACUUUUGCAUUAGCAAAUAAACCUGGAAGUAGCCAGUUGACGAAAUAAUUAAAGAUUGUUUCAUUGAGAGAAAUGACAUAAGAUGAGUAGAAAUCAGCAUUACGGCAGUUUUACAAUUCUGUUGGAAGUAAAGUAAUGAUGUUAGGGUAUCAAUCUUAGCAUUGAAUGAGGCACAAUUUUAAUGUAUCUGUCUUUUUUGUAAUUGUAAUCAUGCAAUUUAUCUGUGUGGCAAUUAAAAUACAAACCUUUUUUUUUUUCCAUGGAAAUCAGUCUUUUGAACAAGUAAUUGAUUAACUCUCUGUGGAUUGCAUGCAGCUGUUGAAGCAAUGAAAUCGAUCACACGUGCCUCCGUUUUUCUUAAUUUGGUUAAUGAUAUUAAGCAACUACAAUUUAUGAUUUUGUGUGUAACUUUUUUGUAUUGAUUGCAAAAAUGGUGACUUAGUAUUACUUUUUAAUUUCCUUCCUUGUUACCUGGUAACUGGUUAAAUCAUUAGGCUAUCAGAAUCAAUGACUUGCAAACUUGUCUGUUCUGAAAACAAACAAGACAAUGCUUUUAUUUAUAGAGGAUGAUGAAUUUGAAUAUAAAGACAUGCUUUCACGGGAUAGGCGACGAUGGGAAAAGGCAGAUGUCAACAAGGACAAUGAAAUAACCAAGGAGGAGUACACUGCAUUUCUUCAUCCUGAAGAGUAUGAUCAUAUGAAGGAUGUGGUGAUAGAUGAGACAUUGCAAGACAUUGACAAAGAUGGUGAUGGAUUUGUAUCACUCGCUGAAUAUUUGGGUAAGCCUUUAUUUUGUUUUACAGUCAACUCCCUCUAAGACGGACACCUUUGGGAUGGGCAGUAAGUGUCUGUCUUAAGAGAGAUGUCUGUCUUAUAGAGAGCCAAAUAAAGGGAGUAAAGAAAGCCAGGGACCAACUCUAGGUGUCCAUUUUAGGGAGCUGUUCGUCUUAUCGAGGUGUCCGUUAAGAGAGAGUUGACUGUAUUUUAUUUAUUUUUUUGAAUGAAUGUUGCUCAUUCAUCUGUAAUUUUAAAGAUGCCUUUUACUUGCACAGACAAGGCAUUAAAAUUUGUCUUUGAAUGUUGUAAUUUGUAAGUGAUUGACCGCAGGCAGUCAAUGUGCGAAUGUGUUAAUGAUAGAUAACCAAUAAAUCUCGUUAACAACCUGAUAAUGAUUGCCUGUUCACAGUCAGGGUUGUCAAAAGUAGCCGGCUGCCGGCGAAAAUCGCCGCCUACUUGGUUAGUAUCAGCCCACUACUCUACUUAGCAUUUCUUUAUGGAUGGUGUUUUUUAAAUAUAAAUCCCUGGACUGGCUGCUUACUUUGACAACUCAGCUGUCUACUUCAAAACUUUCUGACAACCUUCCACAGUACAAGUCUCAUUUGGACUUUUAGAGCAACUGAAUACUGGGAUGUUCAGAUAAUCAUUGUUUAAAAACAAUAAACAAAAUGUUAAGGGAGAUAUGUCAUGAGGAUAUUCCUGUCUUAGGUCAAUUCUGUAUUAAAAUUAUUAAUUAUUAGUGCCUUUACUCAUACACAAAAUGCUUCUUUAGAGCUAUGAAGAACAUAUCAAGCAAAUUUCACCAGGGAGCACUAACCAUGAUAAUAAUAUUUUUAUUAUUGUUUUUGUGAUUUUUGCGGGCAAAGCAUUAAAAUUUGAAAAGGCCGGCUCAUUACAAGUAUGUUUCCAAGUUCCAAUCCAUGUCCAUCCUUGCAAUCUGUAGCGACAGACAACAGGAAACAGUUUCAAUGCCUAAAUUUUAUCUUUAAUAACAAAGCUGGACCAUUAUUUUUGGAAUGCAACUGAUGCCAAAAAAAAUUUAAGCGUUCUUUAAAAGAUAGUAAAUAGCAUGACAUAGUCCCUUUAAGUACUUGUGGAUUAUCUGAACUCAAGGUGCUUUAUGAUUCUGUGGCUAGAUUCUUAAAGUCAUCGUGUAAGCCUUGUCCACAUAUUUUUCUUUCUAACCAUACAAAAGGAAAUGUACUCAUGAUCAUGAUGUACAAAUUUUGACAUAACUAUAACAAAAUUCUCAAUUCUGAUUGGCUAUCAACUGUCCUGACUUCUGCACUAAUAGGACAGUGUAUACGUAAUAGGACAGUAUGAGUUAUGCCUAAGUAAUUAUUGGACAGUAUGUGCUAUGACAUGUGCUUUUAGCUUUUUUUUUUUCACUGCUAGUAAAAAAACCUGGAUUUUUUUGUGUUUUAAGUUUAAAAAAGCCUAAAAUAUCACAAAUUUUGUUGUAGUUAUGAUUAAUUGGUAACAGGACUUUGUGUCGUCCAAUUUGUAAUAGUAACAGGACUGAGUGGAGUCCAAUUCGGUCUGUAAUCAAAUGAGUGAUUAACGAAAUCAGACGACUGCCUAGUGGGAGUAUGAUUUGUUUAAUCACGACUAUGAUUACAGACUGAAUUGGAUGACACGGAGUUCUGAUCUGUUACCUAUUAAUCAUAACUUUAACAAAAGUUGUGAAAAAAGGCUCCUUUGUAAAUCAAAACACAAGAAAUUCCAACUUUUUUUUUUGCUAGCAGUGAAAAAAAAGCCAUUUAAGUGCGCGCUUGAUGACGCAUACUGUCCAAUUACUUAGGCAUGACACAUACUGUCCUAUUAAACUGUCCUAUUAAGGCUGAAAUCAGGAUAGUUGAUAGCCAAUCAGUUUUGAGAAUUUUGUUUUAGUUAGGAUUAGGUCUGAAAUCAUACUCAUAAUUAAACAAAUCGGACUCUCGCAAAGCAUUCAUCUAUUUUUGUCAAUCACCCUUAUGAUUGUAGACCAAACUGGACUCCACUCAGUCCUAUUACCAUUAUAAACACAGUUGGGUUUUUUAUUGUGGUCUUUAGCUCCUUGUCCUGAAAUGUAAUAUCAAACAUACAGUAACUGCAACUGCUGGUUAAGAUGUGGCAAAAAUGGACUGCAAAGUGGAUUCCAUCCUUUGACAUUAAUUAUUUUUAGUUGCCUAAACAAUAAGAAAUACUUGACAUGCAAAUAAAGUGUAUAGCCUGACCCUACCAAGAAAGGGUAUAAAUGAUAUUAGGGUCAUUUAUACGAGGAAAAAAAGACGCGUCUUUCAUUAGAUGUGUCCUAAAUAAGACACAAACUAUCUCGUAUAAACGGCACUUCAAGACUCAACUUAGCCGAGACAUGUCUUAUCAAAGAACAGGUGUUAGCAGCUGUUCUUAGAUAAGAUGUGUCUUAGCUAAAUUUUAAGGGAAAUGUGCUGUUUAUACGGGAUAGUUUGCGUCUUGUUUAGGAUGCAUCUUAUAUAAGACGGGUGUUUUUUUCCCUCAUAUAAAUGGCCCUAUUAUUGGGUUGCAGCAAUGUUGUGAAGCUGUUAAAAUGUUGUCUGCUGCCGAUUUUACUCGCUGGCUCUUUUAAAAAAGAUAUUGUAUGUUUAAAUUAGGUGAUCUGUAUCCAGAAAGUGAAAAGGAAAAGGACCAAGAGGAACCAGAUUGGGUGAAGAAUGAAAGAGAACAUUUUAAUGACUUCCGUGACAAAAAUAAAGAUGGCAAAAUGGACAGGGUGUGUAUCAAAAAUAUGUUUCAGGUUGUAUUUUAACCACUUAGGUUGUUUAUUCAACUGCAAGGAUCAUUUCCACUUUCUUUCUCCUUAUUAGCCUGCGAGAACAUCCGUUUCUCGUCGCUGUUCGCCGCUGGGGACGUUUCGCGAGGAGGAACGUCUGCGACUCAGCGACAGAAAUUCCAUACUGAGGACGUAAAAUCUGUCCAGAAUCCGGUCAGAAGUGCUGAUUGGUUAACGGAGUAGUUACAUUGUUUUAGCUAUUGUUUACGAAUGACAGACAAAAGGCCACAGAGGUCAAAUGUAAACGCGAAGAAUCUCUAGCUAAACAGUCAAUAUUUGUAGAAUAUACUCUUCUCUAGAAGAAGUAUUUGAGUUUUGCUGGAGCUCGUCGGCAGACGAACACAAAAAUUUACCAAAAUCGACCAGAAGACGCGUAAAAUUGUACAAAUUUGUAUUUGGAACCCCAUGACUACCUGAUUUAUUAUGUAAACAUUGAUUUGCGUGAUCAGUAUGGAAUUUUUGCCACUGAGUCGCAGACGUUCCUCUGCGCGAAACGUCCCAAGCGACGAAGAGCGGGGAGAAACGGAUGUUUUCGCGGGCUAUCUCCUUAUCCGCAGUUGAAAAACACGAGUCAUUUCAUAUAAAUUAUUUUCAUUCAAGGGUAUUUUUCUUAUCUCUUUGCACUUCUUGGUUGUGUUAAUUUGUUUUCAUUUAUCUAUUGUUGUUGAUUUUGUUUAUGAAGAUUCAAUGUAUUUUUUUCUACCGGUACUCCAAACUUGACAUUCUGAAAUGGAGAGUACCAUAAAAUUCUGAAAAUAAGCCCCUCCAUGUAUAAGCCCCUCCAAAAUUAAUAUAAGCCCCCCCAACCUCGUAACCCAAAAAACCAUCCGUUAAAUCGCCCCUCCAAAUAUGAGCCCUCCAGGGGCUUGUACUUGGAAAUUGCCCUCAAAUACAAAGUAAAACAAAGCAAAACCGAUAAAUUUCCUUCCAACUAUAAGGCUAGCCCAAUCGAUUUUGAAACACAAAUUUCCCUCCAUAGAUAAGCCCCUCUGAAUAUAAGCCCCUCCAAAAAUAAGCCCCUCAAAAAAAGCCUUUGAAAAAUGUAAGCCCUGGGGCUUAUUUUCAGAAUUUUACAGUAAUUGUUUUCAUAAUUGCUGUAACAGGAUGAAGUAAAAGAUUGGAUAAUCCCUCCUGAUUAUGACCAUGUUGAAGCUGAGGCAAGGCACCUUGUGCGUGAGGCUGAUGCAAAUGAGGUAAUACAGCGGUAUAAUUUGUAACACUCCAGCUUUAGAGCAUUCACCCUGCCAGAGCUUAUUCCAGCUUCUCUAGCCCAGUUACAGUUCAACUAUUGUUACCAGGGCCACUUAGACAAAGGUGACCAAUCAGACUGCACAUAAGUAACAUUUCCAUUCCAAAAACGUUAAAAAGAUGGAAUCCAUUACGAAAUUGAGUAAUUUUAAUUUUCAGUGGACAAAAACUUUGUACCAGAAUAAUUUAAAAAAUAUUGUGUAGUUCCAGAAAUAUCCAUACUCCCCCCACAGAAGGGAUUGGAAAUUCCUGGGGAAAAUACCUCUUGAAAAUACCUCUUGAAAACCCGUGGAAAUGCCAUUUCUGAGACUCUAAUUUUCACAAUGUCCCUAGUUUCCUCAGCCCUCAAGAACUUGUGCCUUUGGUGUGAGUUCCAAAACUGCCUACUACACAUUAUCAGCCUGCUGCGUAAAAAAUUUUUGACAACCCUGUUAAAGUCACAUGUCAUUGCAAAGCACGGCAAAGUUGAUGAAGAAACUGCUGGUAGAUUACAACAUACAGCUUGUGACAAACAAAUGUGUCUCCUUGCAGUUUAAAGGUCGGACAGAAAACAUUGUCUUAUGAUAAAUUUUGCUUUCUUGGAAACGUUUACUAUCAUUAAAUUUUUGUUCUUCAGGUAACUCAUUGUUUUCUUACGUACUGCUGAUUGGCUAAACAAACUUUUUCGGAAUGUUUUGUUAUUUUCUUGCUAUCAAAUUGCUCAACCUUGUCUAGGUGGCCCCAGUUAUGGUAGUUACACUCUAAGCACUUCCAAAACCCUUUAACUCCUCACAGAAAAUUUUUUAAACUGUUAUAAUUUAUUUUUAUUUUGUAAAUUCCUAAGAAAUAAAUGCGAUGUAGUACUCAGUGAAAGUUCUGCCUAACAGGAUUCAUUUGAAUGGUAACACUAAAGGGUUUCAUCCAAAGAUUUAAAGAUUACAGGGUGCAAAGAGGUUCAUUUUUAAAGCUUGCCAUUUGGGCAAGCUGAAGCUAGCAUAUACUAGCCCAAAUGUCAUUUCAAGUAGCCCCAAAAACAUUUUGAUGAGCAGAUUGAUUUCACAGUUCUUCUGCUAUUGGAAUAACUCAAAAACUUAAAUUGCCCAUUGGGUAAGUUAAGAACAGAAUUCACUAGCCCGAUAGCUAAAUCCACUUUCCCCAAGCCAUCUGACACAGUGACUAUUUUGUUUGCAUGCUGUUAUAAUCAAAUGACAAAAAAUCUUGCCAUAACAUAGUGUAAGAGUGAAAGGGUUAAGGCAGUUUUUUCAUUACAUCCAUUUCUCUGAAUAGCAUACUGAUCUACUGUAGUAUUUCCUCAAGUGUUAUGUGGUCAAUACUCAUUUCUACACUCUUGUUAUUAAUAAGGUCUUUUUUAAGGUCUUUAUUAUGUUUUAAGGAAAAAUAAAUGCUAAAAACUAAGAACACGUAAAUGUAAAAGCAAUAUUAAAAAGCUGAAAUAGUUGAAAAGCUUCAAAUUAAAAUUAACAUUAAAAUCCAUUUUACAUUAAAUUGCUACUUUAUAUUUGAAAAAAAACGUGUUAAUAAACUGUUUUUCAAAUGUUGGGUAUUGACACUAGGGAGUUGGAUGCUACAAGCACAGAACUUUCUUUUGUUUUGGGGAGUGAAGGAUACAAAGGGUGGCUGGGCAUGUUCGAGAUCGUCUUGAAUAGCAUGCGAUGUACAUCAUCUAAGACGUCAUAUAUGUUAAUUUGAUCAGAUACGUAUCUGCGUUUAAAAGAGUGCUGUAGAAAAUUCUGGACCGUUAUUAAUUCAGGUGUUGAGGACGCGCGUGUAUUAAAUUUUAUAGAAGACUUAAAGUUAGUUUCGGUAAAACUAUUGAUCUAAAAACAUUAUCUACAUCUGAUUGUUGGUCUCCUCCUUUAUGUAAACACCUUAUCGUUUGUUCACACGGUUUGAGUUUAUUGCACUGUAUUAAUGUAACUGUUUUUUUUUUCCUUUCUGUUGUGUCUAUCAGGAUGGAGAGCUGACAAAGGAGGAAAUUCUAGAAAAACAUGAUGUUUUUGUUGGAAGUCAAGCAACAGACUUUGGAGAAGCACUGACAAGACAUGAUGAGUUUUAGAAUCUCUGUGAUUUUACUUUAUUAUCUUAGGAUAUAUGAAUAUUAUAGUUUUUGAACCGUUAAUUUUAUAAAAUAUUGAAAAAAUAUAUAUAUAUAAUUUAUAUUGGAAUGGCUGCCUCUGCUUUCACCAGAUAGGCAUUUUAGAAGAAAAUGUGAUUAAAAUUUGUAUUGAUCAACAGAAUGAAUUUGAAUAAUGAAACCAUGAAAAUAACUUUAACUUAGCCAAUGGCAACAGCUGCCUUUUUUUGUUUGUCUGCUUUAUAAUAUGGCUGAGGAUUUAUAACCUUAGUGUACAAUUUGUUAUAAAAAUUCUUCUUGUCCAGAACAUGUGAAAACACAUGAGAGUACUGUACAUUAUUUUCCUGUAAAAAUCAGUGUUGGUGUGGAUAGAACAUAGAUAAUUAUUGCUUUCAAUAUAUUUAGUAUGUUCGCAUCAAUACCGUGACAUUCGCUUGCUUUAAUUUGGCUGACACUGUUACUCAAAUGAAAACAAAGUACAAUUUUUAAGCUAUUUAAUUUCUUUUUUCAAGAAAGUAGUUUCAAGAAGUUGUAUUAGUCUCCAUAAACGUUCCACAAACACUGGUAUAAAAAAAAUAAAACAUUGUACAAUAUAAAUCUCCUUUGAAAUUUUGUUACACUUUCUUCAACUUGUAAUACAUGGCUUUAGGAGUUCUUUGAGGUGGCUCCAGGGCUGUUGUCGAGCAGAACCCAGUUAGGAUAAACUGAUAUAGUGGGGCGCCUAUAGGACCAAAAAAAAAGAUUUUUUAAUGUUGUUGGCAAGAGUUUCUAGUAAAGAAUGGGCAUGUUUUAGUUGUUGUUAGAGGAAGGUGUUUUCCUGAAUAGCUUUUGUUAUCCUCUCCCCAUGCAAGAACUUUUGAAAUUUGGAAAAAAAUCUUUUAAUCUAAACUUAUGCAAUGAAUACCCAGGAUUACUGGUAGAUGCAAAGAAAAGUCACCAAGGACCUGUGAGCUCUUUGGAGGUGUAAAUUGCAAAUAAUAUCCCUUUUCAAUUCUUCAGUCCCUUUUUUAUCCAAAUUCUGCAAGAAUCUCUCAAUGAUUUUUCGUGGUGUAAAUCUGGUACUUCUAGAUUUCAAUUCGUCUGUUUUAUUUCUAUAAAAAAAUGCACUGGGCAAAUAAGAAGGCAUAUUUCGAUAAUGGGUAUUGAUUGUGAAAAAGUCAACCAUGGGUCGUUGAGUACAUAAUUAUGACUCUGCCUUGUUGAACAACUGACCCGCUCACCAUUAAUUUGAAAUGUGUUUGAAUUUUUGUUUAAACUGAUUUUUUUCUAAUUUAGUUUUUUUAACUGUUUACAUACCUAUGUUCCUCCUUUGUCAAAUUUUUAUAACUUGCUAAAAAUGCUACCAGUGGCUUGUUGUAACUGGUUGGAUUCUGAAGGUGAAAUCAUAUGAUGUGAUUAUGAAGCGACCUCCACAGAACUACAUGUAUUCUAUUAUUUGCAAUAUUUUAUUUUCAAGAAAUUAUACAUGGUAGUUCUCUUAAAUUUUACACUCUUUGGGCCUUUAGGUACAGUGUGCACUUCGAACCCCGCGGUGGAACUGGGUGGGGUUACUCCCUAUGAUGGCCUAUAUUGAGAGGCUCUACCCGAAAGAGCUCAGGUAUAUAAAAGGGUAGCACUUUCACAAGUUGGGUUAUGUGAAAGUUAAAAGGGUAGAGAAAUCUGUCAUUUAAGUAUUUAAAGGGCGUUUAAUUAUGAUAUUUCAAACAGACUCGCCUUAUGGCUAUAUCAUUAUAAAACACCGACAUAUAAUGAAAAGAAGACUUACUUUUAGUGUGAGAAAGGGACACCAUUUUCAGUGGAAGGUGUGCGAAAGGAGUACCUUUUUUGUCAAAAGUGGUAUAUAAAAGGGUGAGGGGUUGUACCUCGGAACGGAGCCUCCACGUACCCCCACCCCCGUGCUUCUAAAAACAAGUACAAGUAAACGAAAUGAUUCCCGAAUGUUAAAUUUGUCGAUUUUAUUAUAACAAUUCGUCUCGUUAGUGUCAUAGGAAAUGUAAGAACAACGCAUACAUGCCGAUGAGAGCGCUAGAACAUCUUAUUUUUUCUACCUUUUGUCGGCCAGGAAAUCAACUCCACGCCUAAACUUCGUGCGUGGGGGUGAUUUUCGAGAUUUCCGGUAUGUCGCGUUCACGACAGUUUAACUAUACCCUUCUGGUGCCUUUUGUUCAAAGCGGGAACGGUUUUGAAAUUCCUUUUAUCGGGUUCCCCUGCUUAAAUCCAUUCUUCAAAUUUACGUCAGAUCUCACACAGGGAAAGAGUGGGGAACUGCCUCCUGUACACAGCCUGCAACGAGCUGUUCCAAAAAAAACCCGCCAACAACAAAGAAAACAAUGUAACAUUGUGUUACCGAACAAGACAUCGAAGACUUGACAUCCGAUAAACAAUAAUGAAUGGAUCUUUAUUUUUCGGGCCCACAAUAAGACUUUAUUUUAUCCCUACAGUUUUUUUCUUGCCAGCGUGGCAGAAAUUCGAGCCAACCCUUCCCAGGGCCCGACCACAUGUCAAACAUUGUCCAAUCAAAUAUUCGCAAGCGGCAGCGAGUUUUUGUUUUUCUGUCACUUUGCUCCGAUCUGUUCUCAGAGUUCUGCACGCGUUUUGUUCUUCAAAGGUAUCUCUCUGUGUUACCUGAGUAUCUCGCCUUCUUUUAGCAAAAUGAAUCCUUUUUCCUCCGCAUUAGUACUUUGUUUGUGUUUUCUCGCUGUUAGUACAGCCCCAGAAAAAAACAGCGCGAAGUCUCGAAUGCACGAUGGAAAACUGUCUGACAAAGAACAUUUCGACAAAGAUGGCAAGCACAACGAAGAAUACGAUCACGAAGCUUUUCUCGGAAAGGAAAAGAAAUCCUUCGACCAGCUGACUCCUGAGGAAUCUAAGGAAAGACUUGGGUAAGACGAAGCGGUCCUUGUUUACUGAUGUUUGUAUUUUCAAUAGUUUUGUUUUGAAGAAAAUUCAAGCGACAAGCCACUAAUGAAGCCGAGCCUACAAGCUGUGGCUUCUCCGAGUUCUUUAAUAUUGAUGUCAAACUAUGGAUGGAGUUUUUAGCUAUCAUAUAUUAUUACCCAGCAUCCAAUACAGUAAGUGUUAUCAUUUAUGCGUUAAAUGAAUGAAGAGAGCCCAACAUUUUCGGAGUUAAGGGUGGAAAUGAUGGUGAGGUACGAAAAGAGCUAGCGAUACCUUUCUUUUGAAUUCCUCGUUGUCUGAUGAAUGAACAGUCCUGGAGCACUUCCAUUUGCGUUCAUUUUAAAUUACUAAACAUGAUGACCUUGUUGAUUUCGCUACGUACAGUUAAUGAACAUGAUAUAUUUGCUGCAAAUCGACUCUGCCACGUGGCAGCGCAUUCCAUUGCUCGCGUUUCCCAAGCAUGAUAUAUAACGGGGCAUUCGAUUUUGUGACGAUAAAGUUAUGGCUUUCUAAUGACAGAUGCAGUUGAACCGCCAUUAAACGGCCACCCUCGGGAUCCCAGCAAGUGGUUGCUCAGUGGAGGUUGGCCGCUCCAUAAUUAGCAUAACCUUUAGAGGAACAUCACUUUUUUUUCAACAGACAUGUGAUGAGAGCGGCAUAAUUUACCGUCCACAAUCAGCUGUGUCACCUUCUAUCCCGGGGGGAGGGGGGUGACUUCCAUUUGAUGGCCACUCACAGAGGUGAUAACCAUACAACUGACCAUAAAUAUAUAUAGGAGAACUUGGGCGUGGAUCCACACCUUUUUCCACCAUUUUACGGAAAUCGGCCAGAUUUUUCAUAUUAAACAUAUUUUUAAGAUAACCAAACUCUCCAUGAUGAAAUCGAGAGAUGAAAUAAUCGGCCGAUUUGCAAGGCGUUAUCCAAGGAGAAUGGAAUUAGCCAAUAUCCUGUCUGGAAUGAUUCAGAAACCUUGGAAAUUUCCAGGUGGGGCAUGCCCCCGAACCCCCCUAGAACCUUGCGGUGCUCAUUCAGGAAAUCGGUCAGUAUUUGUCCUAGAUCUGCGCCUGGAACUCUCAUCAGGAUGGUCAAAAGGUGGCCUUGGCUGCGUAAUAGAAGUUUUGUUUAUUUAGGGACUUUUAUUACAGGCCACUUAAGAGAGGGUGGCCUCUUAAUAGGUGGCCAUAUACUGGAGGGUCAACUGUAGUUAAGAAAAAUAUAUUCGCUAUUGGGUAGAGUUGCAAAGUGAUAGAACCCAAUAGGGAAUAUAUAUUUUAAAAGCAGUAAAUUUUGCUGCCUGAAAGUCAGUUUUUAGUUAUCUUGGUUUAUCUUUUUUUUCUUUUAAUGAUUAUCAUUAAUUAGGUCUUUCAUGUGUAGUAAUAGAAAAUAUCUAUACCUCCCUCACAGAAUAGAUAGGCAUUUAUAAGAGAGAGGUGUUAAUUCUCAUUACUGCAAUAAGCUCAACAAAACUAAUAUGGUUUUUGGCAAAAAUAUCUCGAGAGUUUAAAAAUAGUGGAAUAUCUGCUCCAUCAAUUAAUGCGCUUAGGGUGUCUAGAGAUCCACAUCACUCUUUCAAAUCCCAACAUCAAUGUCAGUCAUAGGUCACGGUUACCAUCGUUAGUCUAUGCUUACUUUGAACUUGACAUUGAGCAAGACAAAAAACACAAAGCCUUGUUAAUCAGGCAAGAAACUGAAUGAAUUUGCUCCUUUUUGCCAAUCCCUACUAGUUAGGGUGUGUCUAUUAGACAGGGGGCGUUUAUUACAGAGGGGCAUCUAAUACUAUUUUAACAGCAUAGAGGGGGCGUUUCUUAGGUAAGAGGCGUUUAUCAGGUCAUUUACGGUGCACAAUUUCAACGUCAACUAGUUCAAACACAAUUUUUUUUAUUUUUUAUCGACGCAAUCAAACUAACUAUGAUAGAACAUUGGAGAACUGGCCAUUUUGGCUAACAAUACACGACUGUGUAACUGUGACAAAAGACGGAUCGAAACGCCACCAAUUACAUUAUGAGUCUUCAUAGCCAAUAACGACAGGGCUUAACUGACAGACGACCAAUAACAUCGCAACAUAAUUGACCAAUCAGGUCAAUAACCAGAGUAUAAUACCAUCAACUGACAUGAUACAACUCACUUUGACUCUGAAGGCUACUUCAUAGGUUGUCAAAAUGUCAGUCACUGUCAACAACAACAGUCCUAUUCAGGACUACGUUCAUUCGGACAAUCAAACUCUACCUACUUUUGAAUGAGUCCUGGGUUCAAACGUUCCACACAAUUUUUAUAUCUUAAUAGGAAAAUUGUGGAGAGAAUUGACAAGGACAAUGAUGGGAAGAUUACAGAAAAAGAACUGGAAGACUGGAUUGGAUUUACCCGAAUGCAAAACCAUUACGAUCAGGUAGACAAACGCUGGAAAGAUCUGAAACAACGAGAAAAGAACCUAGUUUCACGAAAGGACUUUCAUGGCGACAGAAAUGUUGAUCCAGAUGGGCCUGUAAGCUGGGAAAUUUAUAAGAUAAUUUCCUUUGGUAAAAACCCAGGUAAUAUUACUGGUAAUAUUUGUGUUUAUUUAAUGGCAACAUUCCUGAUAAGAUAAUUUAUUGGGCAAAUAAAUCAAGUUAUAAGUCCCAUAAAUAAAUAUCUUGGGUUUUACUGGAGGAAGAAAAAGUUAUAUUUCAAAACAGAGCCCUGCAUUUGGUGGUAUGCGAGACUAUACAGGAUUGUAUAGAAAAUUUUAGGUAAAAGGAGAAUGACAAAAAGUAGGCAGCAACUGAUAAGAUUGAAAAGCAUGUACAUUUUUCAUGGGGCACACCUGUGAUUAGGGGUAGGUACAGGAAGUGCCUCGCUCCCCUUUUGGGAAUAUUUUAUUUUGGGGCUUCCUGUAAAGUGCAUUACAGUCCAUAUUUCGAGCAGUAAGGAAAAAAAAUUUAGCUAUGAAAAUGACACCUUGAUUUAACCACAUUUGAACCAUGUUGGUUUUUAUAGAACAGCCAUUGCUUCUACAUGUAUCAUGUAAGAGCUCUGUUCCCAUGUACAUCAUAAUUGCCCACAGUUACUGAUCUUUCCAGCAGUCGUAGUAAACUAUUGAGUAAUAUUGUAAAUUUUGUUGACCUGUAGAAAAACAUUCAGAUCAUGUACGCCUACUUAAUCAAAUGAGCACAGAUGAACGUCGGUGGAAAAGAGCAGAUAUAAAUCAAGACAACAAACUAUCAAAGGAAGAAUAUGGUCCAUUUUAUCAGCCCUGGGAGCAUGAGCACAUGCAUGAUGUUGUUGCACAGGAAAACAUCGAAGGCAUGGAUAAAGACAGAGAUGGACGUGUGUCACUUCAAGAGUACCUAGGUUAAUAUUUUUUGUACUUUUAAGGUCUUAGGUAACCAAAAUACCAACAAAGGAGUACUUUUGAAAGUGGAAACGAUCCUCGCAGUUGAGUCAUUUCCACCAUUGGGUGUAUUAAGAACUCACUCUCCAGUUGGCUUGAUAUAGCUUAAUAGAUAUACAGAGCCGCUCAAAAGUAAGUUACCACCCUCUCUCAAGACGUAAAUCGCGUCAUGCAGGACACUAUUCUCAUAGUGUUUUGAAUCAUUGGUUGCCUUGUGGCCUCAGUCGGUGCACUUUCUAGCUUUCCAUUACAGUCAAACCUCCCGAACCUCCAGUUGCAACCACCUCUUGUAAGCAACCACCUAGCAUGAGGGACCACCAAUCCAAAACACCAAAAUUUUCCCAGUCAAAGCCUUAUAGUUGGAACCUCUGGUAAACGACCACCACCUGCAAGCGGCCACAGCCACUUUUUGGGCCUGACAGUGAAUGAUUUUCCAUUGUUUUUAACCUCUUGUAAGCGACCACCUUGCAUAUUCACUGAUAUCUAUUUUCGCUGUGUGUGCUAUGACAAAAUGGAACUACAUGUAUUCUAACGUAGACAUUGCAUGCAUUAAAUUGUCUUCCAUAAAGUAGAUGUGCCUAGACCUCUUCUCGGAAGAGACCACCGGUGGUUCGAUUUUUGUAAGCAACCACCUCCUGUAAGCGACCACUCAGUCUUUGCAUUUUGGGUGGUCACUUACGGGACGUUUGACUGUAUGAUGUGAUAAGGUCUAAAAAAAAAUGUUUCUUAAAUGUUUUAGAUGACAUGCAUUCAAAGCCAGAAAAGGAAAUGACAGAAGAAGAACUUGAGAAGAAGGAGAAUGAUAGAAAACAUUUUCAUUCAUACCGCGAUGCAAACAAAGAUGGCUACAUUGAUAGGGUAAGAAAUGACUCCCUUUUGUAAUUUUGAUAUCAACUAUCCACCCAUGAAACAAAAGGGAUGCUGUCACUUAGUUUGUGCAAUUUUCCAGACCUGGAAAAAGUCUGGAAACUGGAGAUUAAGUCUGGAAAAAUGGUUAAAAGUCUUGAGUUUUUUUUGAAGCGACAUCAAGUGCUUUAUAAGUGAAAUUUUGUUCAUUUUGGUCAAAUCUCUAAUUCAUUCUUGCCUGUAUAAGUGCAGUGCAUCAUGAAAAGGCUUUGUUCCUGCGGUUUUUAAAGGUCAUUAUUGAUCACCUAUUCGAUAACCUUAGUCUGGAAAAAGAAAUUAUUGCUUAUUAUUUUAAUGGAAAAAAGUCUGGAAAAAGUCUUGAAUUUUGGAUCCAAAACUCUGUUUGAAUGCUGUUUGUGUGAGGAAGCUAGAAGUGGUCUCAGAACUAGAAACAUAUUGCAUAAUGCAAAAUGUAACAAUCCUGUAUUAAAAGUUAAUGCUGUUAGUCAAUCAAAACCACAUAAUUCUGAUUAUCAGUUUGUGUAAAAAAAACAACGGUUAAUUAUUUAUUUUGAAACAGGAUGAAAUGAAGGAAUGGAUGUUUCCUACUUCCUACAACUAUCUCCAAGCAGAAGCCAGUCAUCUCAUUCAUCAUGCUGAUUCUAAUCAGGUGCAGUUUUACAUACAUUAUUUGAAUUAUUUAAACCCAUCAGGUGUCCUGUAUUCAUUAGUGAACUUACGCGACAGGAAGGAAGAGGAAAGAAGAUGGCAAACCUUGUGUGACAAGCGUGACAGUUUGAAAUAAUUUUUCACCAAACUUCACUCUCCUUUAAACAGUUCUUUUUGUAAAAGGCCAGAAUACAUUAAUGUUGGGUGAAGUUCGUGACGAAACACGCAAGUAAUAGCCUGUCACAUUAUUUUGUCAUGCACGAGUGUUUUGCUGUCCUCUUCCUCCAGCGUCAAUCCUAUGAGUGCCCAACAUCUAAUUCUUUUUGUAUCAACAUAAUGAUCAAACAUGUCAUCAUCAUCACCAAAAUGGUGGAGGAGGGCAAUGUCAGGUAGUGGACAAAACACCGACCCCCAGUCCAUGGACUACCCGUAUGGACUACCCUAAAAUGGACUACACCACUGUAGUUUAGUGAUCAGGGCUAGGAAACAGAGUAAAUGAGGCGUGAGGUCAGUUUUCCAAGUAUAAUGACCCUAAAUGGAGCUUGAUUCACUCAGUUUCCCUAACCCUUAUCUCUUAACUUCGAUCAGCAGCGUAGUCCAAAAAUAAACUGCAUGCCAAUCACGAGACUCAUUUGCGUACAAUAAAAGUCAUAACAAUUCUUAUCCCCAGUUUCCAUGGUCUCCACUAGGAACACCUGGGACCAUAGCCACUAUUAAAAUGAAACCCUUCCAUUUUCUGAGUCUUGCCUCCAAAGCAAGCGACACUAAAUACACACAAAUUUGCAUCUAGUGUUUAAUUGCAAAGUAACUACAUAAUUUAUUCAUUUACUAUACAUAUCUUAUGUUUCUGUAUUUCAGGAUAAGGUUUUGGCAAAGGAUGAAAUCCUGGACAAGUAUAGUCUUUUUGUGGGAAGCAGGGCCACUAAUUUUGGUGCAGAUCUGACACGACAUGAUGAGUUAUAAGAAGCAAAAGUGAAACAAAUUGUUGCCAUUUUUUAUGCAAGAUGUGUUCUUACAAGUGGUUUUGUAUGAGCAGUAUUUUUGUCAAAAUUAUACAGGUUUUAUUUCAUGGUUUAUAUUUUUAUACAGGUA